UCAUCUGAUGCUGAGUCGCAUGAAUAAGGUUCUGUUACCCUUUUUUGAACCAGUUUAUUCUUCAAUAAUGCCGUACUUUCUCGUCGCGCCCUUGCAGUGCUUCUGGAGAACUGCGUAUGGAUGCUCUUACGCGCAAAAACACGUUUGUUGAUGAAAGGAUGUGCUGGCUUUCCUUUUAAAACUACCAUUUUUGGAUAUGUGAAACCACUUCUCAACCCACUUUUUCUGGCUUAGCGAAGCAUAUCGGGAGUUGCAUAGCACCCUUCCGGGUUGGCGACCUUUUAUUUGACAACUUCUUCCUUUUUUUGGCUCCCUUAAUUUACAACGAUAGAAAAUGGUCGCCUCGACUUCAUUAGACGUUGUUCCCGACGAUCCUACAGCAUACAAAACCAAAGAAUAUUGGGAAGAACGAUAUCAAAACGAGACUUCCGAGACAACAUUCGAUUGGUUCAAGACCUACGAUGAAUUAAAACCGUUACUACGAGAAUUUAUUCCCAACCAAGACGCUUCUAUCCUUAUGCUCGGAUGCGGUAACUCAACACUGGGAGAGGACAUGUAUAAAGACGGUUACAAGAACAUUACGAACAUUGAUUAUUCCAAGACGGUCAUUGAUAUUAUGAAGGCGCGCUGCGAGGAUAUGCCAGAAAUGAAAUGGCUCGAAAUGGAUAUCCGCGAUCUCAAAUUCCCUAAUGAAUCAUUCGAUGUUGUCAUCGAUAAAGGUACCAUGGAUGCUCUCAUGUGUGAUCGUGGUGAUGUAUGGGAUCCAUCCGAGGAAUUGAUAGCAGAAGUCAAGGCGGAAGUGGAUGAGGUAGUGCGCGUCACUAAACUGGGUGGUAUGUUCCUGUACAUCACAUUCGGCCAACCACACUUCCGAAGGCGCCAUCUGCAAAGAGAUUGUUGGGAAAUCAACAUCAAAACAUUGGGAGAAGCGUUCCAUUACUUCUUUUAUACCAUGAAAAAAGAAAAGUCCACACACUAACUUAUACAUGUAAACUGGUUAAUUUCUUAAAAAAGAUAAUGAUAAUAAAUUCAAGAGACAAAAGUCAUAACAGACAAUAUCAAUGUACACGCAUGCAGUAUGUGAAAUAGAACUGCGAAUCAUUCAUUUGUAACCUAGUAACCAAAAAUCUAGCAAACAGCAGUAACCUGGUAACGAGU